AUGAAGUGUGAGUUAAGAAGAAAACACUGCACUGAUCAAGCAGGAGUCGGGACAGGCCUUGUUGGCAUUGAUGGGUUCAUCUGGUCAACUCUCAUAAUUUCCAGACCGAGAGAGCAAGGAGCAAUGACCAUUAAUCUCGAUAAUAUUCAUCCAUCCAUUGACCCAUUCAUCCCAUCCUUUCUUUAUUCGAAUUCCAUUGCAGCAUCAUCUCAUCCAUCCGAGUCAGAUAAGAAAAAUCAAAUCCAAAGUAACAUCGCCCUAAAACUUCCCAAACUUAAAAAUGCAUCCGCUCAUGUGGCUAUGGCUGACAUCACUAGUCUCAUGAGACGCGCCACAAUUACCACUCUAGGCCCUAUCACGGGAAUUAAUCCCCGUAAUCAGCGCCAUGGCAUACCUAAAACGGAGACUUGCUCAGACGCCAUGCCUUGA